AUGACACGAGCAGCAGCAGCGGUGAUGAAAAGACCCGCGGUGGGUGCGACCACGGUGGCGACAAAGGCCAAGGCGACAGCCAUGAAGACAUCGACUGCCAUGAAGGCAUCUCCUGCAAGGAAGGCGCCCUGUGCCAUGAAAGUCACUGUCAUGAAGACUUCUGCCAUGAAGGUUUCAGCCAUGAAGGUGACUGCUAUGAAGACAACGGUAAUGAAGGCAACAGCAAAGAAGGGUUCGGCAAUGAAAGGCACUGCUCUGAAGAAGCCUCCAGUGAAGAAGAAACUGACCACCACAAAAGCUGUUCGAAGAAAGCCAGCAGUGAAAAAGGUCCCUGCGAAGAAGAAGAGGCCUCCUGCGUGGAGGGAUGCGAUCGAAGGCUUGGUGAAGACCAAACGCUGCAAGGACUUCCUUCGCUAUGCCCACCGCAUAGAGGACAUCAACGAGGUGGCUCUUCGGUAUCCUGGCUGGCUCGGGGCGUUGGCUCGCAAUCAGAUGGGGGGUGCACCCAGCAGUUCGGAAAAGCUGCAUGUCCUUUUGGAGCUGGGUUUGGAUCCGGACACGGAGGACCUUCUGCUGGAAUCCAUCUACGGACCUGGGAACAGCUUUGAGCUUCUCCUGGACUAUGGUGCAGAUCCCCUGGGUCGCAACCCACAGAAGUCCUAUAUGGGCUGCCCCUUUUGCGUAGCAGCCCAUGAGGAAAACGACGGGAGAGUCUAUCAAGUGAGUCGCCUCAAGGAGGCCUUGUUUGAACACCCAAAGUAUGAGCACAGUGCGGAGCAAGAGUGGCUGUCAGCGGUGGAGCGCAUGCACGAGAUGUUGCUGCAAGAGCAUGGACGGAGACACUUCCAGUACGAGAAGAAGUUUCUGAGGGACACUCUCCUGCAAAACGUGGAGAAUCUAGACUUGCUGAUACCUGUGUAA